AUGGACCCCACAUUUGUGCAGAAUUUGCACACCCUCCUCGUCCAAUUCACCUCCAAUGAUACCGUGCAGCUGAAGGCGGCGACCGCGCAGCUUAACCGCGAGUACUACAAGAACCCACUAUGCAUUCCCGCGCUCGCGAGCAUCAUGGCGAACUCGCCAGAGGUGCCGGUUAGGCAACUGGCUGCGGUGGAGCUCCGGAAACGGAUCUCGCAGGCCAGUGGCGAGCUUUGGUUGCAGGUAUCCCAGGAUCAGAGGGAGGAGAUCAAGGGAAAGCUCCCGGAGAUUGUGCUCUCCGAGUCGAGCAACCUCGUUCGCCAUUCCACUGCCCGUGUCGUCGCCGCGGUCGCGGCGAUCGAGAUGCCCCUCGGUCACUGGCAGAACCUUCUCACCUUCCUCGAGCAGACCUGUAUGUCACAACAGGCCGCGCACCGUGAAGUCGGUAUCUACAUUCUCUAUACCGUCCUCGAGAACAUCGUUGAAGGCUUCGACAACCACAUCUCAAGUUUCUUCAAGCUUUUCGAGAGCCUUCUGAACGACCCCGAGAGCGCCGAGGUCCGGAUAACAACCGUCCGUGCGCUAGGCGUUGUCGCGCAGUACAUUGAUGCCGAUGACAAGGCUGAGAUUAGAAACUUCCAAAAUCUUCUGCCCUCGAUGAUCAACGUCAUCGGUCAGUGCGUAGAGGCCGGCAACGAGGCUGGCGCCCGUCAGCUAUUCGACGUCUUUGAGACUCUUCUCAUUCUUGAAAUCCCACUUCUGGGCCAGCACAUCCCUCAGCUCGCCCAAUUCCUCCUCACCUGCGGCGCUAACCGCAAUUACGACUCUGAGCUCCGCGUUUUGGCUCUCAAUGCUCUCAACUGGACUGUUCAGUAUAAAAAGUCCAAGGUCCAGUCACAUGGCCUCGCACCCGCCAUUCUCGAGGGCCUCAUGCCUAUCACCACCGAGGACGAGCCCGAGGACGCUGACGACGAUGCUCCUUCGCGCUCUUCCCUCCGCAUCAUCGACUGCCUCGCCACGAGCCUGCCUCCCACCCAGGUCUUCCCCGCUCUCCGCCAGCUCAUCCAGCAGUACUUCUCCUCUGCCGAUGCCGGUCAGCGCCGUGGUGCCAUGCUCGCGCUUGGUGUUUCUGUGGAGGGCUGCAGCGAGUUUAUGACGCCGCUCAUGGGCGAAGUCUGGCCUAUCAUCGAGGCUGGUCUCCAGGACCACGACGCGACGGUCCGCAAGGCGAGCUGCGUCGCGGUCAGCUGCCUUUGCGAAUGGCUCGAGGAGGAGUGCGCCGCCAAGCAUGCCGUUCUCGUCCCGAUGAUGAUGCAGCUCGUCAACGACCCCGUCACCCAGCGCACCGCAUGCACCGCGCUCGACGCCCUCCUCGAGAUCAUGCACGACGUAAUCGACCAGUACCUCCCGAUUAUCAUGGAGCGUCUCAUUGGCCUCCUGGACUCCGCGCCAAUUGGAGUCAAGUGCGUCGUCAUCGGCGCCAUUGGCAGCGCGGCGCACGCGUCCAAGUCAAAGUUCCUCCUCUACUUCCAGCCCACGAUGGAACGCUUCAAGCACUUCCUCGUGCUCGUCAACGAGGGCGAAGAGCAGGAGCUCCGCGGGAUCACCAUGGACGCCGUCGGCACAUUCGCGGAGGCAGUCGGCAAGGACGUCUUCCGUCCGUACUUCCGGGACAUGAUGGGCCAGGCAUUCAACGGCAUCCAGCUUAACAGCGCGCGCCUCAAGGAGUGUAGUUUCCUCUUCUUCGGCGUCAUGGCGCGUGUGUUUGGCGAUGAGUUCGCGGAGUACCUCCCCCAAGUUGUCCCCUCCCUCCUCCAGAGCCUCCAGCAGCCUGAGCACGGCGAGGAGGAGCGUCUGAGUGUGUCGAACCCCGACAACGCCCAGAGCUUCGCGUCCGGCCUCACCCCCUCGAGCGCGAUCACCGUGUCGGACGAGAUCAACAUCGAGGACGACGAGACCGACCUCGACAAGCUGCUCGACGUGAACAGCUCGAUCUGCAUCGAGAAGGAGAUCGCGGCGGACACCAUCGGCACGAUCUUCGCGGCGACCGGUCCCCACUUCCGCGAAUACGUCGAGCCGUGCACAAUCGAGCUCGUCACGCAGCUCGCGCACUACUACGACGGCAUCCGCAAGAGCGCGACGGACUCGCUCCUCCAGAUCAUCCGCACGUACUACGACCUCACGAACCCCCAUGAGUGGCAGCCGGGUCUCACUGGCUUCGAACCCCUCGACAGCCAACUCACGAGCCUGAUCAACCACAUCCUACCCUCGCUCCUGGAGAUGUACGAGUCCGAAGACAACAAAUCUCUGGACGCGUUUGGUGUGAAGAAAGAUUUAACUCAGCUCACUUCGAUGCCCUACUCGGGCGCGAAGGUCGUAUCUAGCCUGUGUGUCGGUCUUGCCGAGACCGCGAACAAGCUCGGCCCCGGCUUCUUGGACACCCGCGUGGAGAGCUUCGCGAACAUUGCCCUCCAGGUGCUCGAGCAGAAGGCCAUCUGCCAACAAGAUCCUGAUCAGGAUGAGGGCGACGAAGCACCCGAGGACUCCGCGGAGUACGACUCGAUCCUGAUCUCGUCCGCGGGUGACCUCGUCGCGGCGCUUGCGACCGCGCUCGGGGCGGAGUUCGCGAGCGGCUACGAAAAGUUUGCACCGCUGAUCAUGAAGUACUACAAAAAGAACCGAUCUCUCAGCGACCGCUCCUCGGCGAUUGGCUGCUUGUCGGAGAUUAUCGGCGGGAUGAAGAACGCGAUCACGCCGUGGACGCAGCCGCUCAUGGAUCUCUUCUACCGCGCGCUGGGCGACGAGGAGCCCGAGGUGCAUUGCAACGCCGCGUUCGCGUCUGGGCUGCUCAUCGAGCACUCGGAGAACGACCUCUCGCCGCAAUACAUCACGAUCCUCGCCGCGCUCCGGCCGAUGUUCAUCGUGCCGGCGGACGCGCCGUCGUCGGUACUCAACGCGCGCGACAACGCGGUCGGCGCCGUCGCGCGCAUGAUCGUCAAGAACACGGCCGCGCUUCCGCUAGACCAGGUGCUCCCCGUCUUCCUCAACGCGCUCCCUCUCCAGAACGACUUCCUCGAGAACCGGCCCGUCUUCCGCGCGAUCUUCCACCUCUUCAAGACCCAGCCGGCGGUGCUCCACCCGCACCUCGACAAGCUCCUGCACGUGUUCGCGUUCGUGCUCGACCCGGCCACGGCGCAGGACAUGGUUGGGGACGAGAUCCGCGCGGAGCUCAUCAGCCUCAUCGCGCUCCUCAACCGCGAGGAGCCCGCGAAGGUGCAGGCGGCGGGCCUCGCCGCGUUCAUCUAG